AUGCUAUUGAACAACCUCUGUGAAAGCUUCAACGCUACAAUAUUGGAUGCAAGAGAGAAGCCCAUUAUCACUUUGCUUGAGAAAAUUAGGUAUUGGUUGAUGAAUAGGUACUAUGUAAAACGAGAUAGUGUAAGAAAAUGGGUACAGCCUGUGGGGAAAAGGAUCUUGAAAGUGAUAGAGAAGAAUAAAUUAGUUGCCAGGCAUUGUCAAUGCACCAGGGUUGAUGCUCAUAGGUUCCAGGUUCAGUAUAAAGACUUCAAGUGUUUUUCUAUGAAUCUGGUUGAGAAGGUCUACACUUGCAGACUUUUCCAACUCUCUGGGAUACCAUGUAGGCAUGCCUUAUCUGCCAUAUGGAGUGGUAAUCUCAAUAUCAUGGACUUCGUUAAUGUUGCUUAUAAGAAGGACACCCUUUUGGCUCAAUACAUUGGCAUCAUAGAACCAAUGCCCUCACUUGAUAAAUGGCCAGAUGUAGGCCAAAAUCCCAUAUACCCACCAUCAGAAACGGUGUUGCCUGGGAGGCCAAAAAAAUCUCGAAGGAGGGAAAUAGAUGAGCCUCCAUCAGCCACUGCAACUAAAGCAAGUAGGGUAGGACAGCCUAACCAUUGUAUCAAUUGUGGUAAUCAGAAUGUUAAAGGAAAAAGAAUGGGAAGGCCACCAAAGACAAAUCCAACCCCAUCAACUGUGAAAAGAAACAUUAGAAGAGCUAAGCAACAGGCAAGGGAGGCUGCACAAGGCAAUAGCCUUUUUACUGAACUAUAA